AGCGGCCCGAGUUCGAAUCCCACUACUGAUGAUUUUUUUUUAUUAGUUUUUUUUUUCUUACAGAUAUGGUCAAGCAUUACAUCUGCACAAUUUGCAAUAGAAAAGCAAAUCGUCGAGACAGAAGACCUGUACCGGCAAAUAUUCAGAAAUAUUUAAAGAAAAAUCUGUCAAUUACUUGCACACUCGAUAGUGUUGUGUGUUCUGGAUGCAGAAUCAAAUUUUAUAAAAAACUUAGAAAACCAAAAGAAUCAGGUCCCGUACCGGUUGAUGAGAGGGGUGAUGCUGGCGAUGCACUCGUUCCGCCGUCCACAAACGAACGAUUCACUAGUCCUCCAUCGGUAAUGCUGAAAAUCUCUUCCACAAGCAGAAGCCACAGCCGCUGUUUCGUGUGCAAAAGGCCUGGACCAAAGUUGGUGUGCCUUCCAGCAGAAGGGCGCUUUACAGUCUUCCUUGACCACAACAUACUAGUACCAGCAGACGCAAGGUGUUGUCCAGUCCAUAUUUCUGAUGGGACUCUGACUCAAGACUCUUUUUCAAACAUACAGACGCUGACAAGUACUUCUUUGCUUAAUCGAUCUUCAAUAUGUAAUAUACUUCAAAAAAUGAGAAACGCUUACCUAAAUCAGAAUACAUCACUUAAUUUUGAUGCAUUUAGACGAACGUGA